UUUGGACCCACAUUUCAGUCACGCGCGAGCUCAGGAGCCGGGAAGCGGAGUGGCGCCCCAACCCACUUCCACCUCUUGUUCAAAUCAACUCCCCUGCGUCUCUCACGCUUCCCCUCCACUUUGCGGAAAAACCCCAACUCCGGCAACCCAAACCCCGCCGCCUCGCCCAACCCAAGCCACAAACCCUAGCCCCGAUAACUCCCCAUGCGGCACCGCAAGCGUGGCGGCGACGGGGGAGGCGGAGACCACGGCGACGCGACGGUGCUCGGCGCCGUGGGGCUCGGGGCCCUCGCGCGGCUCGACCUCCACGACCCGCCCGAGGAGCUCCCUCUCGCUGCCGCCUACGACGACGCGUCGGGCUGCAUUACCGUCUCCCUCGGCGGAGAUACCGUCUCCGCCUCCUCCGCCGACCUCGCGGCCGCCCUCGAGCUGCCGCGGGGCGCGGUUGGGCUCGCCCUGGAGGCGGACGCGGCCAUAUUCUCGUCCACAGAGGAGAUCGCAGCCGUGGGGCGCUUUGUCCGCGAUCGCGUGCUGCUGGGAGGUGCAGUGGACGGCGUAGCAGAGUCCGGAGAGGUUGCUGCCGCGUUGCGGUUGGUGGAGGAGGGGAAGGCGUACGAGGUGGACUGGGGCGGGUUGGUGUGGGCGGUGCUGAAGGGGGAGGUGGUGGCCGGGACGCCACGGCGGUACUCGCCGUACCUCCUCCGUCUGAUGGAGUACCAAAGGCCGGAGCUUUUCCCCGAGAUUGAUGGGAGGUUGCCCCUUCGUAAGAGAUGGAAAGGUCAGAUGUUGGAGCAAUGCCAGUGGACGGGUGAGAAGCUGGUUGUUUGUGAGGAACAUGAGGUGGGGGAGGAGGAAGAGACCUUGGUUUAUGGGAUAAGCCCGAACAUUGGGGACUUGGAAGAGAUGCCAAUAUUCGGAGAGGGCAAGAAAGUUGCUGUUGACGUCCCUGUGGAUUGUAAGAGAGCAUUUGUGGAGGGAGAAGAGAUACAUGGACUGAGCCAGGGAAAUGCUGAUCUUGGAUCACAAAACUCCUUGCCUUCAGAUACCAAGCUUUUAGGUCAUGACAUGGAGUGCGAUGACGGGGAAGGAGUUGCUCGCGGAAAUGCCAACAACCAGAGUUCUGCUGAUUAUUCUUCUUUCGACAGGCACCUCUGCACAUUGGAUGAGCAAGAUGACUCCUCAAGCCCUCAGCAGUUGAUCCCUGGGGCCAAGUCGCAACCUGGGUCCAAUCUGCAACGCAUAAUUGAAACUGAAGACGAAGACGAUGAAAAAAACAAUGUGGGUGUUGGCCCUAGCUCUCAUGUCAUCAGAAAUGUCCCUUUGUAUAUCUCACCUUAUCUUGUGCAACAGCAUAAGGGAGAGGGCAUUUGUAAUGGCCGAACUCUUUCGCCUUUCAAUGACUACCUACAACAAAUCUUAGUUCGUGUGCUUUGCAUGGAGAAUGGAUACUUGGAUAAGGAAAAAGAAUGCAGGGACACUCAAGCUGAAGUACAGCGCAUUAAGGAGAUGGUGAUGGAAAAGGAGCACAUAAUUGCUGCUACUGGGAAUGAUAUACUGGAGGAGCUUGAAACGAGGAACACUGAAAUGUGCCGACUUGAAAAGGACAUGAAGGUGAUGUCCUGCAUGGCUCAACAAUACAAAGAGUUACUCAAGAAGUCUUUAGCUAAAAUUCACGAGUACAGGAACAAAAUGUUGUGUGGGGAAGGUGUUGACUCAUAUUUGGAGGUCCUUGGCAUCGCUGGUGAGCAGAGUCGCACUUGGGUGCAACAACUGCAUCAUCAGCAGCAGCAGCAGAUUAGUAGGAUUCAACAUACUUGGUUUUCAUAUUAUUUGAAGCUUGUUAAGAAGAUUACAGAAGUGAAGACGGGCAUGGAAGACCUCAACCAUGAACUGCAAAGACUAAAAGAUUCCAGAUCAAUUCCCGACCUCAACAAAGACGUGGAACAUGAUGGUGAGGGCGAAGCAUCCCUGAACAAGACGGAGGACAGAGAUCGGGAAGGUGAAGAAGGUCGUGUCAGCAACACCACACAUGGAGGAAAGCACCUUGGUGAAUUGAUUGCAAACCUUGAUCAAAGGAAUAACACUGAGGAGAGCAUGGAUGCCAAUGGAGUUCAGGGAAGGUGCUCUGAAGAUGAAGCAUGUCAUGGGGGUGGAGCCUCACAGGGCACAAGUUAGGCAAAAGAAUGUUAUGCUGCUUGUAUUUUGGUUGAAUGGUUGGUGGUGUGGAACUUAUUGCCAUGUGAAUGUGCUGAUCUGAUUGCACAAGAAUUUUGUCAUGUGGACCUUAGAUAGUGGUAAAGUUAUCUCUGACUAAUUACUGUGUUAGAUUGGUUUAACCAGUGGAAUGAAUGGUGUUAUGGUUUAGACAUGAAUGAGAAGUUUCGUCAACAUGUUAUCUACUUUGCUAGUUCUGUUGAGUAGUGACAAGAAA